GCUCUUCCAGAGAAGAUGGUAUGGGGCAUGGGAUUGUUGAUGAUGAUGAUGAUGAUGGGUAUUUCUUUAAGAUUGUUAUGGUACAACAAGAUGAGGAUGAAGAUGAGAGAAAAUAUAGAAAAGAAUAAUUGUGGAGUGCCAAAAGGGAACUUGGGUUGGCCUUUGAUUGGUGAAACUCUUGACUUCAUAGCUUCUGGUUACACCUCUCGACCUGUCAGUUUCAUGGACAAACGCAAGCUUCUGCAUGGGAAGGUGUUCAAAACACAUUUACUGGGAACACCCAUCAUUGUGUCCACAGAUCCCGAUGUAAACAAGGUGGUUUUGCAGAACAUUGGCAACAUCUUCGUCCCCGCUUAUCCCAAAUCCAUCCAAGAGUUGCUUGGCGAACAUUCCAUACUUAAAAUGAAUGGUAAUCUCCAGAAGCGAGUCCAUGCACUAAUUGGAGGUUUCUUGAGAUCACCACAGCUUAAAACCCGUAUCACGAAGCAUAUCGAAAACACUGUCAAAUUAACUCUGGGUUCGUGGCAAGACAUGCAGCUGUUACAUGUUCAAGAAGAAACCAAAAAGAUAACAUUCGAGGUUUUGGUGAAUGUUUUGAUGAGUGUUGGUGCCGGUGAAGAUUUGAACUUUUUGAAAAGAGAAUUCGAAGAAUUCAUCAAAGGUUUAAUUUGUUUGCCCAUCAAAUUUCCAGGAACAAGACUAUAUAAAUCUCUGAAGGCCAAAGAAAGGUUACUGAAAAUGGUGAAGAAGAUAGUGGAGGAGAGGAAAUUGGUUAUGGAGAAAACGGACGAAAAGGGUAUGGCCAGGGAUGCAGUGGAGGUGCUGUUACGUGACAGUGAAGAGUCAAGUGAGAAGCAAUCUCUACCGUUGGAUUUCAUCAGUGGGAACGUAAUAGAGAUGAUGAUCCCUGGAGAAGAGACUGUUCCCAUGGCGAUGACCCUAGCUGUUAAAUUCCUCGGUGACUGCCCUAUUGCACUCCACCAGUUGAUGGAGGAGAACAUGGGACUAAAGAAGCAAAAGAAGGAUUCUGGUGAAGAUUAUAGUUGGACUGACUACUUGGCUUUGCCUUUCACUCAAAAUGUGAUAAGUGAGACCCUUAGACUGGCAAACAUCAUCAAUGGUGUUUGGAGGAAAGCACUUAAAGAUAUAGAUAUUAAAGGUUAUUUAAUACCAAAGGGAUGGUGCGUACUGGCAUCUUUUAUUUCUGCUCAUAUGGAUGAGGAAAUUUAUGAAAAUCCACAUCUUUUUUAUCCAUGGAGAUGGGAGAAACUGGGAGCUGCUGUUAACAACAGCAGCUUUACACCAUUUGGAGGUGGGCAGAGGCUUUGCCCUGGUUUAGAAUUAUCAAGGCUUGAAAUUUCAAUCUUCCUUCACCAUCUCGUCACCACGUACAAAUGGGUAGCUUGCGAGGACGAAAUCGUUUACUUUCCGACAGUUAAGAUGAAGAAGAAGCUGCCACUCAAGGUCACCCCCUUGAGCAACUACCGAUAUAAACAGACAGAAACAUUGGAAGUUUUAUCCCCACACCAGAAAGGAGCCAUUGGGAAUGGGAUUUGUAUAGCUGCAUCAAAGCAAUGAUCUUUUGAGGAAGAUGGGGGGAUGAGUGUUAUGGUGUUAGUUCUCAUGUCGCCUUCUUUGUUUAAUAGCAAUAGAGGUCCUUGGGACCCUUCUCUUUGGUCCUUGUAUAUUGAAUGCAAGUGGGGAUCAUAUAAUC